AGAAGUAGAGCGAGAAAGGGCUAUAUUGAGAGAGAACGUGUGAGCACGCCAGCAAGCAAGAAAGCAGAGCAGAAGGGUUUUGGUGGCUUGGGCGCGAAGGCGAAGACUCCUCUUCGCAUAUAAACUCUAGCCCUUUGUCCGUCUGCUUGUCUAUUUCUUCCACCGUUAAAUCGUCCAUGUUUCCAGUUUUGUUUCUUUCAACUCUCUUCUAGCUGUGUACUGAAGCUGAGGAAGAAAAGGAAGAUUUCUUCAGAUCUGCCUAUUUGAUUGUUAUCUGAGGCUUGCUGGUGUCGUGUAUGGCUCCCUUGAAGUUAUGACGUUGUAAUUCUCUCUCCUUUCACUGAAAUACCAGUGUUUCUUCUAAAUUCACGGUUUGGUUCUUUUGGAGGGUGGGGAUUUAGGUCUUGGUUUGCGUGGUUGAUGAUCCUUACUGGAUUUUAUACUAUUUGCCAUUUACUCACAAACAACUUCUGAGCUUGACGUUAAAACUUAGAGUUGGGGGGGAAUCUCACACCUAUCGCCCUCUUGGUCGCCUGCUGUGAGGAGAACCACCCUUGGUCUAUUUCUACCUUUCAUGUCUCCUAACCUUGAUAGCCCUGUUCGAACAGAGAUGGCUGUGUCAUUUUUCAAGAGUCCUCUUGGUGGUGGGGAGCAUGUUCAAACCAACAUGAUGGAAAGCAAACCAACGGGUAGGAGACGUGUUUUUGUACAAACUGAGUCGGGUUGUGUCUUAGGUAUGGAGUUGGACAGGAGUGACAGUGCACAUACUGUGAAGAGGAGGUUGCAGCUUGCUUUGAAUUUUCCCAUUGAGGAGAGUUCAUUGACAUUUGGUGAUAUGGUUCUUAAAAAUGAUUUGAGUGCCAUUCGGAAGGAUUCCCCUCUCCUGUUGACAAGGAAUUUCCUCCACAGAAGCUCAUCAACUCCCUGUUUGUCGCCCACUGGUAAGGACAUCCAACAGAGAGAUCAGAGUGGGCCAAUUGAGAUAUUGGGACACUCUUCUUGUUAUGCUAAGACAAAAAAUCUAGUCAAGGAAAUUGUGAAGGGAAUGAAGAACGGUGUUGAUCCUCUACCUGUUCAUAGUGGUCUUGGGGGAGCGUAUUACUUCAGGAAUGUCAGAAGUGAGUGUGUUGCUAUUGUUAAGCCCACGGAUGAGGAACCAUUUGCACCAAAUAACCCAAAGGGCUUUGUUGGCAAAGCUCUUGGACAACCUGGCUUAAAGCGUUCUGUCAGGGUUGGGGAGACUGGGUUCAGAGAGGUUGCUGCUUAUCUCCUUGACUAUGAUAAUUUUGCAAAUGUUCCGCCUACGGCAUUAGUGAAGAUUACUCACUCAAUCUUCAAUGUCAAUGAUGGUGUAGGGGGAAACAAGCCCCAGAACAAGAAAAUUGUUAGCAAGAUUGCAUCCUUUCAACAGUUCAUUCCUCAUGAUUUUGAUGCCAGUGACUAUGGAACUUCAAGUUUCCCUGUUUCAGCUGUGCAUCGCAUUGGUAUUUUAGACAUUAGGAUUCUUAACACAGACAGGCACGGUGGUAACCUUUUAGUUAGAAAACUUGAUGGCAUUGGGCAGUUUGGUGAAGUUGAAUUGAUCCCCAUCGAUCAUGGCCUUUGCUUACCUGAGAGUAUAGAAGACCCAUAUUUUGAGUGGAUUCACUGGCCUCAAGCUUCCAUUCCUUUCUCGGAUGAUGAACUUGAGUACAUAGAAAAUCUUGGCCCUGCUCGUGAUGCUGAGAUGCUACGAAGCGAGCUCCCUAUGAUUCGAGAUGCAUGCUUGCGUGUCUUGUACCUUUGUACAACUUUCCUGAAGGAAGCUGCUGCACAAGGUCUCUGUCUUGCUGAGAUUGGUGAGAUGAUGAGUAGGGAGUUCCGCAGUGGUGAGGAGGAACCAAGUGAGCUCGAGGUUAUAUGCAUUGAGGCGAGAAGGCUUAUGGCUGAAGAGCUGUCGUCUCCAAAAUCUGGAGCAGAAUUUGUUGAUGAUUUCCAGUUUGACAUAGAUUUUGAAGAAGGUGGCCAUGACUUCACCCCUAAAUUCUCCACGGAAGACUUCAUGGGAGCAAUGCCCUUGCAUUUUGGGCUUGGAAGUGUUAAUGGCCGUAUGCCUCUUUCCAAACUAGAGGAGAGCAUUGAUGAAGUGGAAAGUGAAGGAGAAGAGGAGAAUGGGUUUGUUAGCGUUCCACCCUUGACAAAGAGCAAAACUAUCCCGAAGCUGUCCAUGUCUCUGAAAAACACCAGCUUAAGCGAGAAAAACCCAAAGUUCCCAAAAUUCUCUGGGAUGAAGCCUGAUAAUGGUUAUCAUGCUAGCUCCUCAUCCGGACACCACCGAAGUGCAAAUGAGCAGCUCCCUCCAAGCGCAAGUUUCGUGAAGCUGGCAGAUAUGAACGAGGAAGAAUGGGGAGUGUUUCUGGAAAAGUUCCAGGAGCUUCUGAGCGCUGCUUUUGCCAACCGGAAAUCCAUCAGUCUUAGCCAGAGGCAGAGACAGAGGCUCGGGACUUCUUGCAAGUUUUGAGGUAUGAGAGUGAUAAAUUUGCAGGCUUGUUGAGCUACUGCUGUAGCUUUAGAUAUCUUUAUGCUUUCUCCGUUUGAGUCAACCUUAGGUCGGAGCAGCGGCGAUAGACAGUGAUGUGUAAAUAUUCUUUGAAUCAAAGGCCAAAGUAGAUUUGGCGGCAUUUUUUCUUUCUUUGUCAGCUUUUAAUCUUCCUUAGCUUCAGUGGGGCAUGGAAUAUAUAUUGUUCGAUAAAUAAAAUGUUGAACGUCAUGCCAUGUAUUGUAAAUAUUAAAUCAUGCUUGUGGUA